UGCCCGCCUGCCUGCUGCUCGUCUGGCUGACUGGCUACGUUGACGUCAGCGCCGUGUUGAUUUGCUAAAGCGAGAGAAGAAAGGAGUUAGUGCGUGUUGAGAGAGCGGGUACUGCGAACUGCCUUACUAUGCUGUAGCCCCAAUCCCCCUUCACUAUACGGAAUCAAAACGUGCAACUUAGGUUUCAUCUUGUUUACAAAGAUAGCUAAAAACACUGCUGAACGGGGAAGGCGAGCCUCAUGAGUCGGCUUCGUGAAUUGCAUCGACGCAAUGGAUUUAAGUAAAAUGGGUAUGAUCCAACUCCAGAACCCCAACCAUCCCACUGCCCUUCUGCAGAAGGCCAAUCAGAUGCGCCUGGCUGGGACUCUGUGUGACGUGGUCAUCAUGGUAGACAGCCAGGAGUUCCACGCACACCGGACUGUGCUAGCCUGCACCAGCAAAAUGUUUGAGAUCCUCUUCCAUCGCAGCAGCCAGCAUUACACCCUGGACUUUCUUUCACCAAAGACAUUUCAGCAGAUUUUGGAGUAUGCUUACACUGCCACGCUGCAGGCCAAGGUGGAGGACUUAGAUGACCUGCUGUACGCGGCAGAGAUCCUGGAGAUUGAGUAUUUGGAAGAGCAAUGCCUCAAGAUCCUGGAAACCAUCCAGUCCUCAGAUGAGAACGACGUGGAGGUGAACGUGAACGACGGGGGCACAGAGGACGAUGACGACCGCAAAGGCCACAACGGAGCCAAGAACUCCAAAAAGCAUUCCAUGGAGAGUCUCUAUCUGUCCGGUACCCAGCAAGUUUCCACCAUGGCUGGCAUGGUGGACCAGAGUCCCUCAGUUUCCACCUCCUUCGGUGUCUCCACCCUGAGUCCCACUAAAGCUGCCGUGGACAGCCUGAUGAGCAUCGGUCAGUCUCUGCUCCAGCAGGGCUUUGGUGCUGAGCAACUUCUCCACGCCAACUCCCACCACAUGAUGUCUGAGAUCAAGACUGAAAUGAUGCAAGUGGACAUGGGAGGCAACGGCCACGAAAGCCCUCAGAACAUGGAGUCCGGCGGCUCCAGCAACGGAGAGCGAAGUGGGGAGGACAGGAACCGAGACGGUCCAGGAACACCAACCAGGAGCAGCGUAAUCACCAGCGCCCGUGAGCUGCAUUACGUCCGUGAUGAAGGCAUGGAUGCUCAAGCUGAUGUCAGCCAGAUGGGUCUGGAAGCUAUGGCUGGAAUGACAGAGAAACAUCUGGCCUCACUGUACUCCCUACCAGUCAAUCAUAAAUCAGAUACCAUAAUGUCAAUGCCGGCAUCCAUGGCCUCCACUCUCCCCAUGUCCCCAGCCCUGGCUAUGUCUAUGGACUUCAGUGCCUACGGGGGACUUCUGCCUCAGAGCUUCAUCCAGAGAGAAUUCUUCAGCAAGCUCGGGGAGCUGGCAGUGGGCGUGAAACCGGACGGCAGGAACCAGCAUGAACGUUGCAAUGUUUGUGGUGCAGAACUACCAGAUAACGAAUCUGUAGAGCAGCACAGGAAGAUGCACAGUGGAAUGAAGACCUACGGCUGUGAGCUGUGUGGGAAGAGCUUCCUGGACAGCCUCCGUCUACGGAUGCAUUUGCUGUCUCAUUCAGCUGGUGAGAAGGCCAUCGUUUGUGACCAGUGUGGCGCCCAGUUCCAGACGGAGGAAUCUCUGGAGGCUCACAGGCAGAUCCACACCGGUAUGAACACACACACACACACACACACACACACACACACACAGAGACAGACAGACACACACAAAGCCAGAUAUUUUAUUACACCAUGGACUUCAACAGAAAGACAUGAGCCCCUCCUCUGCUACAUCAACAUGUUUGUAUUAGUUAGAUUUGUACAGCAAGUUUCAAUCAUUAUAACUCACUAAAUAGAAAUGUUUUGAAUAGGUUUUAGAUACUGUAUUUAAAAUAAUAAGCCCUUUUAAAAUACCAAUGAAAAAGUAGCCAGAUGCCUUUAUGGAAGCUUCAAAGUAUGCAGUAUGUACCCGGAUCAAAUUCAAACUGAGAAACACGCUGAAGUUCACACUGAAUCAUCAGAUCCCUCCUGAUUCACACUCCCAAACUGUCGGUGCAUUUGCACAAAUCAGCAUGCAUGUUGUGGCGUGGUGUGGUGUGUGUGUCUGUCUGUGUGUGUGUGUGUGUGUGUGUGUGUGUUGUCGAGGCUCAUUCAAACCUUUCUCUGGCUAGCUGGAGCCAUGGAUUGACAGACAGAUAGAUCACAUCAUCUUGGAUUAGUCCCCUCUCGCCCUAAAUCAAGACAGACUCAACAGUAAUCAACAAACCGGGAAAACUUGGCAGGCCGAUGUUGUUUAUCAGU